AUGGUAGGGUUUGCUGUUAUCGUGCUCCAGGUAUCCUACAUUGGCCGGCGCACAGUUAGAGCUCAUGGACGACACCAGCAAGCGUGGCAGCAAGUCCAAGUCAAAGAAGAAGAAGCGUCACGGGUCCACCAGUUCGAAAGGAUCAUCCAGUUCAAGCGGGAAGCGGCCAGCAGCUCCUGCUUCCGGCAAUGCUUCUGCGGCCACGUCGGGCUCCGAGUCGGCGGCGGGACCAGGUUCCCCUCCUGUGGUUCCCGCCCUUCUCAUCCGGAAAGGGUCCGUGUCCUCGGCCUCCUCGAAGUCUUCCAAGGACCAGGAGCGCUCCAGCCGCGUCACACGCUACGUGCACGGCCAGCCCAAGGUUCCUCAAAGCACAAGAGCAAGCAGCCUAAGCGAUCUAAACCAGGUGGGGCGCAGCCGGACACUGCCAUUGCGACCAGGGGCGCAGGCGCAGUUGCACCGACAGCGCCACCUGAAGGUGUCACGCAAGAGCCCACCAGCGAUACGACGUCGCCAGCAUCACCGCAGAAGCCAAGCCAGGCGGAAGCAUCAGCACCGCAAGCCUCCCAGCUGGGUGCCAAGAGCCACACAGUGGCAAUUGUAGACCGCGACCCGACCUCUGACACCCACGAUCUCGAUGAUUCGACUCUCCAGAAGCUGCGGAAGGAAGUAUUGAUGCGUCGCGCCUCGCACGCGUCUAUGCACUCGACGCGAUUGCGGCCAGUGGUUGAAUCGCCCAAGGUGCCGGCCGAACUCGACAUCUUUUCGGAAGAGCACUCGGCCGCAAGCAUCGCCCGGGCAACCACGGUGCGAGAGAAGCAAUACCACUCCGGGCACAAGCAAACACGCAAGCGCAAGUCAUCGUCUUCGAGGCCGGCCUCGACCGUACCCGUUGACGUGGCGUUCGCGGGUUCCAAGUCCGAAUGCACUGUCGCCCCCUGCGGGACUUGUAUCGCCGCCAGACACAAGCUCCGGCACGGUACCUGCUUCACAGGCGCCUGACGGGCCCGCAUCGGGCCACGAGGAUAUUCGCCAGGCUCUCUUCUAUGGUCGAGCUUGCUACGUGCCUCCGCACUCUGGGUUGCCUGCGCCAAGUGUCGC